AUGUACGCCGUCGCGCUGUGGGACUGGAUUAUUUGUCUUCCGAAAGAGUACCGAAGAAUCUACAAGGCCCCCAGGUCCUUAAUCAAAGUCCUUUAUUACUUUAAUCGCUACUACACCUUGGCCAACCUACUAUUUGUACUUUACGGUUUUAACGCUCAAAUGACAACAGCCGAAUGCGACAAGUUUUACAAGUGGGAGCCUGGAGUCGCGUCAUUUACCACUAUCUUCGCGGAAGCAAUCUUAGUAGUCCGAACAUACGCGCUAUGGGGAAGGAAUAAAUACAUCUUAGCUGUUCUUCUCACCGGCCUAACCAUCGAAUGUGUUGUGUUGUUCUUUGCGGUAACUCAAUUCCAUGCGGUACCCACGAGAGAUCCGACUGAUCCCACCAGUCGGGGAGCUUGUAUAGCUGGUGGGGGUCCGGGAGGGCAUGACUGGUCAAUGGCAUACUGGGUUUCGCCAAUUGUGAUGGAUACCCUCAUGCUGAUUCUCACUAGUAUUCGGGUCGGUCAACCUGCUUUACAUUCUCAAUUCAUUCAAAUCGCUGACCUUCCUCUCCUCAAACAGGCCCUUCAAUACCGAAACAAAGGAGUCAAGAGUAGUGUUUUCCAAACAUUCGUCAAAGAUGGUAUUCUCUACUUUGUCGUGGUAUUUGGCGUCAACUUAAUCAAUACCAUCUUUUACUCUCUACCGUCUCCAGCUCUUCAGGCAAUCAACAGUCCAAUGUCGCUCUUGAUGACGUCGAUUAUGUGCUCACACAUUGUGCUUUCGCUGCGGGGUGAAGAAAAGGAAGAGAUGGAAGCUGUCAGCAAAGAUUGGCAGGUCAACACUUUCCUCAAAAAGAAAAAGGAGCAGAGAUCGGGUGCUACUGCUACCCAGGAAAAGAACUCAGCUCACCACCACGAGUUCAAUAACGAAGGUAUCUACCGAAACGGCAUCAACAUGCAUCCUUUUUCGAUCUCAGCUCCCUCCGCACAGCAUCCCUCGGACACAUAUUCGGCUUCCUUAGACAUGAAUUCGAGCGGAUUAAUUCCAAGCGAGGGUUUCAUGAACCCGACGUACGAAGGCGUUCAAGUCGAUAUUGAACACGGUCGCAACUACGACGAAGAGAAGAGUGCAAUCAACGACAGUCAGACCAAAUUGGAAGUUCUUUCCAAGUCCUAA